AUGGAGCACAGCGAGGAGCAGUCGGAGCUCUACCUGCAGGAGAUUGACCCUUCACCUCUUGAUGAACUGGACCUUGAAGCUGGAGACGGCUCGCUGAUAAGUACAGACGGGCCACAGAGACAUCAUGAGCUGCCAUCGAGGCCGAAGCCGGGCUUAAGCGGCCAUAGUUGGGAGUACUGGCUGUCUGCUAUCCAGAAAUACUCUACAUACCCUCCUACACUCUUCCUCGGCCUUCAUUUUACAAACACAGCACUCAUCCCGCUUGCAACCCGAUCUGUCCCCGAAAGCGAGACUUUUCUCCUCCUAACACGCCCAAUAUACCAAGCUCCGGGUCUUGAGCCGUUGAUAGUCUACCUGCCCAUACUCGCACACGUUACGUCAGGUCUUGUACUCCGCUAUCUUCGUCAGUCUCGACGGGCCCGUCAGUUCGGCGCAGAAACACGCGAGCAACGCAAAGCGUUCAGGUCAACUGCGAAACCGCCUAGUGUUCAAGCUAUACUUGGGUAUGCCAUGGUGCCAUUGGUUGGAUCGCAUAUUCUCGUCAACAGGCUCGUUCCGCUCUACGUCGAUGGUGGGAGCUCCGGUGUUGGACUGGGAUAUGUAGCACACGGAAUUGCCAGAUCACCAUGGCUGAUGGGCAUAUGGUAUGCUGCUCUUACGGGCGUCGGGGUAUGGCAUUUCGUCGGUGGCUGGGCAUGGUGGUUUGGAUGGAGAGAGGUGCUUGUAACCAAGAAGGCAGCUUCUGGCAGACUCCCUGGAGCCAACGGCGGCUACCUUGGAUCUGAGAAGGGUGCCGAGCUCUACCAGCGAAAGAAAAGACGGCGAUGGAUUGUCAACGGGGUGUCGUUGGUAGGAACAGCGCUCUGGCUUGCUGGAGGUCUGGGUGUGAUUGGAACUGGUGGUCUCGGGAUGGGCUGGGAGGCCAAGGGCUGGGAUGCGGUAUAUAGCCAGGUCCCGCUGCUCGGAGGACUCCUGGCCCCCUGA